UUUUAUAAACAUAAUGCUCGUGAAAAGAUUAUUCUCGAUUAAAUACGCAAAUUACGAUCUACAUAAAUUACACAAGUGCAGGUAUACAUUUGCGCAUGUGUGUAUACGCAAGAAAAAUGUGGACUUUAAACUUUAAAACAAAUGAAAAGAAGAUAUAUGUAUAUAUACACAUACAGGGUGUUAAUUUGAAAACAUAAAUGACAUUUGAUAUUCGCGAAAUCUCCAUCAAAUCUUUGGACUACAGCAUAAAGUGUAUUUUAAUUAGCAAUAAUGAUAGUUGGGAGGAUGUUAUUACCUACUCUUGCCAGAACAAGAUUGACUUCCUAUGCAAGACCACAAUUGUUAAAGCAGAGACAAGAUUUGACUUUAUUUCUAUUAGUAUGUAAAUUAUCAAACUAUCAUAUUACAAAAAAUAUUGAAUAUAUUUCACAAAAUAAUGUAAUUAGAAAUGGUACAGCUGUACAGAAUUUUAAUAACGAGGAGAAUAAACCUCUAUUAGUUUUACUUAGUUGGUUGUUACCAAAACGUAAACAUGUUCUGAAAUAUGCAGAUUUGUAUUUGGAACAAGGGUUUGAUGUCGUGAUAGUAUCAAUUACUCCUUGGCAACUAUUAUGGCCCACAAAAGGAUCUAGGCUGGUUGCAGCAGACUUGAUAGAGUUUUUGAUAAAACAUCAGAAUUAUCAACAAAUACUAUUGCAUGGAUUUUCAGUAGCUGGAUAUAUGUGGGGAGAAGUAUUGGAUUUAAUGCAGAAUGACCCUAAAAAGUGUAACAAUAUAAUUGAUAGGAUUGUUGGUCAAGUAUGGGAUAGUUUGGCUGAUGUGAGUGAAUUAACAAUAGGUGCACCACGUGCUAUGUUUCCAAGAAAUGAAAUGCUACAAAAUAUGUGCCAGAAGUAUUUAGAAUAUCAUAUGAAAACUUUUUAUAAACCAUCUACUCAGUAUUAUAUAAGAUCUAGUCAAUUGUUUCAUACAAAUUUAGUGCAUAGUCCAGCAUUAUUUUUUAUAAGUAAAACAGACCCAGUGGGUUCAUUAACAAGUAAUCUAAGAGUGAAAGAAAGCUGGGAUUCUUUGGGUGUAAAGAUUUAUGUUAAGAUAUUUGAAAAUUCCCCACAUGUUGAACAUUAUCGUAAAUACCCAAAAGAAUAUGUUGCAGAACUGUAUGCGUUUUUGAAUAAAUUAAAUUUGAUGCAAAAUAAAAAGAAAAUGGCACAAUUUUAAAUGUGCCAUAUGACGUCUUAUUACUUAUAUUCUUAAAAGAUAUUCAAAACAGUAUAUUUACGAAAUAUGUAGUUCUUUAAUGUAGAUUUUGAUACAAAUUUUUAUAUAUAAAUCAAAGCAAAUUAUUUAUAAUCAAUUGAAACUUUUUUUUAACCAGUCUCAGCUGUGAACUUCAUCAUCUGUAAGUAAAAACACAUGUUUCUGUGCAAUAAUAUAAAAAGUAUAAUCAAUUUUAUAGCAAGAAACAAAGAAGUGUUCAUUUAAA